AUGCCAUUACCAAAUGAUAUAGAUGAAGAGGAAGGUUAUCCCGAAGAACGGGAUAAUCUGCAGCCAUUGUUAAGCAUUAACAAUUUUCAUGGCGAGAGUAGCCGACCGCAGCCGGACAGGCCUCAGCAGUUAGGUGCCCCAAAUAAAAUGGCGCAUUCGUCUAGUUCAAAUAUACCGCCGUUAAAUUUUUAUGAUCAAUCACCUUCGGUAGCGUCUACACCAGACGUGACACCAGUUGCUGAUAAUGAGGACUUAUGGCCAAAGAAGUGGAGACGCAGUGACCGCCGCCUAAAAAGACUUAAUACUGAACUUCUAGAAGCAAUCGAACAUCAUGACAUAGAAGAGGUAGAGAGAUUGCUGAAAAGUGGUGCCAACCCGAACGCAACAUGUCGCUUGGAUCUAGUUUCUGCAUGUCAUCUAGCUGCACUGACCGGUGGAGAUGCCUUGAGUUUGCUACUAAAGUUCGGAGCCGAGAAACACCGGCUUGACAGACUCGGACGGACACCUUUACAUCUUGCUGCGUUCGCUGGCAAUGCAAGACAGGUGGCCAUUUUACUGGACUUACCUGAAGAAAUGCAAGAUCGUGUUGACAACGACAUGUUGGCAGAUGCUGAAGAGGAUCUUAAAAAAAUCUGCCAACUGACCAAGGCUAUGGCAAAUGUUCGUUGUGAUCUCGGAGAAAUUAUAAUGCCUUUACCCAAGACUUGGAAAGACAAUAUAGACCACGAUUGUCGUGAGAUUAAAUGCACGUUGCCCCUUCUGCAACCGGGCUGGACACCACUGCAUGUAGCAACGUCCUGCGUUCGUGUACAUUGCACACGCUUAUUACUAGCUGCCGGUGCAGACCCCAAUAUAUGUGAUGAAGCUGGACGAAAUGCACUUGACGUUACUGGAUUAGGAUAUUAUUUCGAUCAGCAAAUAAAUGCAAAACAUUUUACCUCAAUACUUCAAAUGUUGCUUAAAACUGGUAUUACUCCAAAUACAAUGAAACCUAAUGGUCUUAAUAAAUUAGACACACCUUUACAUACAGCUGUUGAACUAGAAAGCAUUGAAAGCAUAAAUGUACUACUGCAAUACGGUGCAUCUGUUAGAUGUCUUAAUUCAGCCGGAAAAACACCUUUACAUGUAUGUGUUAAGAAGGAAUUGGAAGAACCUUUGCAGAUUUUGGCUAAUUAUAGUUACAAAGAUGCAGAUCCGUUUAUGGCUAUGGUAGACGUAAAAGACAAAGAAGGACACACUGUUCUUCAGGCAGCGGUAGAAGCAGCCUGGGUACCUGGCGUUUGCAUAGCACUGGAGGCUGGCGCUGAUGUAACUAUGAAGGCAAAUGAUGGAGAAACGCCAAUUCACUCAGCGGCUGCCCUUGGAAAUUUAGACGUAUUAACAGAAAUCCUCAGCGUAGCUAAACAAAAAGACUUUAUAGAUUGUCAAAAUGAAAAAGGAGAAACGCCACUAUUUAAAUCUAUUACACGUGGGCAUAAUGAGUGUGUUGUUACUAUGCUUCAAGAGGGCGCUUCAAUAAAAAUAACAUUGCCAGGUGAUGUCAACGUUUUUCAUGUUGCAGCAGAAAAUGGCUCGUUAGAAAUACUAAAGACUCUUCUGGAGUUCAAUGAUGAUAUUACUCAAGUUAUGAUCAAUUCCUUAACUGCUAAUGAUAGACGAGGAUACGGGCCUAUACAUUUCGCUGUUUUCAAUAAUCACGUUCAAUGUGUAAAACUUCUUUUAUCAAAGAAUGCGGAUGUGCGUCUGAGAACCACAAGCAACCCUGAGCAAUCUUCCACUCCUUUACAUAUAGCUGCUGUGAAAAACCACGUAGAAGUAGCUAAAGUUAUACUAAGGUUUGAUAAAACAACUAUUCAUGAAGUAAACAGCAUGGGAUGGUUUCCUCUUCAUAGUGCCAGUCACCAUGGCAGUCGUGAGGUUAUAAAUCGUUUACUUCAAGAGGGUGCAGAUUUAUCUGGAUAUACUGAAGGUCCGAAAAAAUACAGAAGAACGGCUAUUGACAUGAUAAUUAAUAACCUUUCGAAACCUACAGAGUUUUUGGAAGGCAUAUUUAAUUCUUAUAUUUCAACCAACUGUCUUAGUUUCCAGGAAUCUAGUUGUGAGAUCAAGAUUGACUACAGAAUUCUAAUGCCAACCACUUGUGAAAUAGAACAAAUGAAAGUGAUCGAAGCUCUCCUUAAAACAGGGAAUAGAUAUGGGCAAAAAAGGCUACUUGUCCAUCCAUUACUAGAAAGUUUUCUUUACUUAAAAUGGAAGGCGCUUUUGCCGUUCUUUUACACAAUUAUCGCUUUCUAUUCUUUAUUUGUUUCAUCUUUAACCUUAUUUAUUGUUUCUGUAUUCUUUUACAAGGAUACGGAAAGAAUUGCGCCUUUUUGGUUAAAUCCAAAUAUUUGGGGAUACAUAGUUUAUGCCACGAUUUUCUUGGUUCUUUGUCAGGAAUUGCUUUACAUGAAUGUAAAAAGUAACAAAUAUUUUCUACAAGUAGAAACAUGGGUGAAAUUUGGCUCAAUAGGGUUUGCAACAAUUUUACCCCCGGCAAUAUUGGUAACGCCUUGGUUCUUAUCGGAAUGGCUACGACAUGUUGCCACAUUAGCUUUGUUAUUAUCAUGGUUGGAACUAAUGUUUUUACUGUCUAGAUUCCCGAAUGUGGGAUACUAUGUCUUAAUGUUUGGAAAAGUCGCUUCAAAUGUUAUAAGGAUUUUAUUCACAUUUGCGUUUUUAAUAAUUGGAUUUACUCUGAGCUUUAUGAUACAAUUUCAUUCUCAUAUACCUUUUGAAGACCCCUGGGCGGCAUUUGUCAAAACUAUGGUUAUGUUGACAUCUGAAUUUGAGUACGAAGCGCUGUUUGAAGAAGAUCAAUCAAAAGAACUCGCUACUUCUCGUACUAUAGUUAGAGUAAUUUUUUUAAUAUUUCUUAUCUUGGCUGGGAUUGUACUUAUGAAUUUACUAGUAGGUGUUGCAGUCAAUGAUAUCAACGAUUUGGAAAUAUUAGGUAACGUAAGGAGGCUAGCAAAACAAGUGGAAUUUCUCAGCAUAUUGGACAGCCUCUUUUAUAAUAAACUUUUUAGUAAAAUAUUACCAGAGAAAGUAAUUAAGCGAAUAAGAAACAAAAAAAAAGUUAUUGGGAUAAUUGUAUUGUACCCUGGAAAACCACAGUGGAAAAAUAACAAAGUUAUGCCAAAUCGUAUACGAGAUGCAAUUAUGAAUAUAGCUCAGGCACAGCAAAAACAAAUAGAAGGUGCAUUAGGAAUGAAAAUGUUUAAUAGAAAAUUAAAUAAAAUGUAUGAAAUUAUAACAAAAAAAGAUGAACAACAAAAGGAGCGACCUGAAUUAGAUAAAAUAGAAAACACACCUGGUAAAAUAAAACUACAACAUGAAGAAAUUAUUAAACGCUUUAAUAAUUUAGACGACGACAUGACAGAAUUGAAAUGUCAAAUGUGUACAUUUACUGAUGCUUCCAAAUCGCCAGUGGAAAAAAUUUACGUUAAAUUGGAUCAAAUAUCUUCAGAAAUUGAUGAAAUUAAGCAGUUUCUAACGAGGCUUGAAAAAAAGCUCGGUAAUAUUUAA